AUGGCGCAGAGGAUCACGACAUUGGUUCUCCUCCUAGAGACAUUGUUUCUUGUAAGUUAUGUGAGUCAAAUCGCCACGACCGCAGCGGAUAACGACGUAGAUGUGAUUCACGUCGCCGGAAAAGUGAUGUGCCAAGAUUGCACUCUUAACUACGACAAGUGGAUCAACGGCUCUGAACCCAUCAAAGGGGCUGUGGUAUCAAUCACUUGUAUGGACGAGAGGAGAAGAGUGAGAUACUAUGGUAGCGACAAGACCGACGAGAGAGGCCAGUUCGAUCUAAUCGUCAACAACGUCCUCUACGGCGGCAAAGAACUCAAACCUCGACUUUGUAAAGUCCGGCUCGUGUCUUCGCCUGACCAGUCAUGUGAUAUUCCGACCAAUUUUGGUGAUGGCCAAACCGGAGUGGACCUAGUUAGACCGUUCAUGGUAUUCCAGGAUCUGGUCAAGUACGUGGUCGGACCAUUUUAUUAUACCACCCCCAUGUGUGAGGCCCCUAAACUGGAAAACAACUACUAG